AUGGCUCCCUCCCACUUCGGCAAACAGCAGCUGUUCAAGCACCUGCAUGGAUUUUACUCCUGGCCAGGAGGGUUUGUGGAGAAUCCCGUGAACUACGACCUCACCAAGAACUACCUGGACCUGGUGGUGACCCACACGUCUGUCAUCCUGUUGCUGUCACGUAUCGAGGACCGCAAAGCCCUGAUUGGGAUGUACAACUCUGCCCAUGAGAUGAUCCAGGGCAGCGGCGACCCCUGCUACGCUCGGCUGGCCCAGAUGGUGCUGGAGUAUGACACCCCACUCAAGGAACUCACAGAGGAGUUCAGGCCUCACACCAAGGCCAUGACCAGUGCACUUCUGUCUCUCCAUUUCCUCUUUGUCCGGAGGAAACAGUCAGCCAAGCAGUGGCGCAGCGACCAGCUCCUGAGCCUGAUCAGCAACUCGGCCACCAUGCUGAGCCCGGCCAGCUCGGAUGUCACGGCCUGCGAGUACCUGUCGCUGGAGGUGAUUGAGCGCUGGAUACUGAGUAAGGGCCCCUCGCUCCUGCCGCCCCAGCCCCUGAGCUCGAACCCGCAGUGCCUGGAGCUCUGGAAGCUGGGCCUGCAGGGCUCGCUCCACAUCAGCCUCAUCCGCGACGACGCCCUGCAGCUCCACAGGGUCACCGAGGAGUUCUUCGGCCGUCUGAAAGGGUAUGGGAAGCGGGUGGCCGAUGUCAAGGAGUGCAAGGAGCACGCUGUGGCGCACAGAUCUCCGCCCUGCCAGGCUCUCUGCGUCUUCGUGGCGCUCUCCUUGUGCCGCGACGAGGUGAACUGGCUGGUGCGUCACGCUGAGCAUGUCACCAAGACCCCUGAGGACUACGCUGGCAGUCACAUCGCCGAGCUGCUGUUCCUCAUGGAGCAGCUGUGUACCCUGGUGCACAGGCAUGGCCCAGUGAUCCAGCGCCACCACGUCCAGUACCUGGCUCGCUUCGACGCCCUGCUGCUCAGUGAUAUCAUCCAGAAUCUAACCGUCUGCCCUGAGGAGGAGUCCAUCAUCAUGUCAUCCUUUGUCAGCACCCUGUCGUCUCUCAACUUGAAACAAGUGGACAAAAAGGAGAAGUUCGACUUCUCAGGGCUUCGCCUGGACUGGUUCCGGCUGCAGGCAGUGGCAGUGCGCAGAGCCACCUGGCCAUCCCUGAGCCUAGGAGCUGCUGUCAGACAUACCAUCGCUUCCAGGACCCACAUGAGGGGCUGGGGUGGUGCUGCUCACAUGGAAUCACAUGCACGCACACACAAACACAGAAUCACACACAUACAAGCAUGGAAGCACAUACACAUGGAAUCAAGCACAUACACACAAACACGGAAUCACACACACCUGGAAUCACACACAUACGCACAAAUACAGAAUCACACACGCAGAAUCACAUGCAAACACCUACAUGGAAAAGCACAUGCACACACAGACAAACAUGGGACCACAUGCACAUGGACUCGCACAUGCAGACAAACACAGAAUCACAUGUAUACAGAAUCACACACAUACACACAAACAUGGAAUCACAUACACACACCUACAUGGAGAGCUGUGUGCGCACACACAGACUCUUCCUGCCCCAGCUGUGCUGAUGUGUCCUUCUACCCCGACAGUUUCUACGUCCGCCCUUUCGAGAAGCUGUUUGCUCUGACCAUGGAGGAGCCGGCCAUGCUGCGCUUCACCAUCGUCUUCCCGCUCGUCUGCAGCCACUUUGCCCACUGCACCCACCCCAUGUGUCCAGAGGAGUAUCCUCACCUGAAGAGCUGCAGCCUGGGUCUAUGCAACAGCUUCCUGGAAGAGAUCGCCAAGCAGGCUGCCAACUGCAUCAUGGACACAUGUGCCGAGCAGCGCAAACUCAGUGAGCAGCUGCUACCCAAACAUUGCGCCUCCACCAUCAGCAAGGCCCAGAACAAGAAGGCCCAGAAGCAGCCCCGCAACAAGGGGGAGCCGAAGCGGGACAAGCCAGGGGCUGAGAGCCAGAGGAAGGACCGGAUUCUGGUGAGCAAUGUGGACAAGCUGCAGCAGGUACUGAGCGAGCUCUCCCUGAGCAUCAACCACGUCCCCAGCUUCACCGUGUUCGAACACACGGUCACACCGGCCGAAUAUCUCAGCAGCCAUGUGGAAACGCAUCUCAAUAGAUCCUUUGUGUGGAUGGCCAGCUACAACCAGGCUACGCAGGAGAUUGCGUGGCCCUCUGAGGUGCUGGCUGGCCUGCACUCCUACCUCGCCUUCAUCCAGUCGCUGAGGCACUUCACAUGCGUGGACUCCAGCUGCAUCAUCCGCAAUGUCCUGCUUCAGCAGACACAACCCCUGGACUCAAGCAGGGAGCAGACCCUCACCACCAUCUACACCAACUGGUACCUGGAGAUGCUGCUGCGCCAGGCCAGCACUGGGGCCAUUGUGCUCCCUCUCUCCUGUGUGUCCUCGCGAUUCACCCCCCACCCCGUCUCUCCCCCAGCUGCUGACAAUGUGCUGAAAAGAAUGACCAUCAUCGGGGGGAUCCUGAGCUUCCGCUCCAUGGCACAGAGUGGGCUUCGUGAGGUCUUCUCCAACCGCUGCCUGUUCCUGAUGGGCCCCAUCGAGUGCCUGAAGGACUUUGUCACCCCAGACACGGAAAUAAAGGUCACCUUGAGCAUCUUUGAGCUGGCCACGGCUGCCGGGAUCCCAUGCGACAUUGACUCAGCCCUGGUGACUGCACUUUCGAACCUGAAGACCGUAUUUGAUUUUGCAAAGCGACACAUUUAG